CAAUUAUAAAAUUAAAUAAAUUCAAGAAAAUGUCCCUUUUUUAAAUAAAUUUCCAUGAGAACAUACAAGGAGAGUAUUGCAUGCGCGGUGUACAAGUAUGCAAUUACAUCCAACGGGAUUGAAAGGGGAAAAUUGAGAGAAAGUAGCAAAAAACCGGUCAAAAGGUCAGCGUCGGCGUGGGUAUAUUUGAAUUGUUGGAAGAAUUGGGGGAGUGGGGCAAGAGUAAUAAAAAAAUUGGAAAAAAGGAAGGGGGAUGGUGGUAAUCGAGAAUAAUGAAAGGGGAUUGAGCCUUUGUUUGGGGCCUUUGCCUUUGGGGGUUAAUAAAUUAACAAAAGAAUUAUUCAAAAAAUUGUGACAAAUAGAGGAGAAUAUGUAGGAUUGACAAAGGAGAGGCUUUUGGGUGUCCGUGGGACUUCGGGAUGAAAUUUGGUAGACAG